CCACGACGCCAAACCGCUGAGUCUCUCCUUCGUCACUUUUCUCAACGAGACAAGCACACAAGACCGCAACCAUGGCGGAUAACGACGCUCCCGUUACCCUGCGAACUCGCAAGUUCAUCCGCAACCCCCUGCUUGGCCGCAAGCAGAUGGUGGUUGACAUCCUCCACCCCGGCCGUGCCAACAUCUCCAAGGCUGAGCUCAGCGAGAAGCUCGGCAGCCUGUACAAGGCCCAGAAGGAGCAGGUCCAGGUCUUCGGCCUGCGCACCCACUUCGGUGGCGGCAAGACCACCGGCUUCGCCCUCAUCUACGACUCCCCCGAGGCUCUGAAGAAGUUCGAGCCCAAGUACCGCCUGAUCCGUGUCGGACUCGCCACCAAGCCCGAGCGUGCCAGCAGACAACAGCGCAAGCAGCGCAAGAACCGACAGAAGACCCUGCGCGGAACCGCAAAGGUCAAGGGUGCCAAGGCGAAGAAGGAGAAAUAAACGCACAACCUUCAAAUGGUUGCUUGCUGGUGCUGGAGGGGAG